CCUAAUCCAGAAGAUAAAAAUGGCUCCCAUCCAUUUCAAACGUCAACGCCUUGUGUGUUUUAUUGUGAAGCCAGUCGCACCGGAAGCCGUCGGUGCGUCGGAGCGGUGCUCGGCUCCAUCUCGGCUCGCCUUUGCUUGCCGGCGUCGUGCUUUUCUCCGCCUCCUUUUUUCUUUUUUUUUUUUUUUUGUCGUCUUCCGCGGCCGGCGCAGCAACCGCGCCGCCGGUGACGCGUCACUCGAAUCCGCUGUGGAGGAAAAAAAAAUGGCUACGGUGGAGCGGGCUCAGGUCAGGGAAGGCUUCCGGAUAGUUGUUCUGUGCGUCUGCUGGUACACCGUCAGCUCGGGAGGCAACGUCAUCAACAAAAUAAUCCUCAAUGGAUUCCCGUACCCGGUCACGGUGUCUCUUUUUCACAUUUUCUCCAUCGUCGUCUUCCUGCCGCCGCUGUUGCGGGCGUGGGGAGUCCCCAAAACAGAACUGCCCAAGCGCUACUACUGGUGGAGCAUUCUUCCUUUAGCGUUCGGGAAAUACUUCGCGUCGGUGUCGGCUCACUUCAGCAUAUGGAAGGUUCCCGUUUCAUACGCGCACACUGUCAAAGCCACCAUGCCAAUAUGGGUUGUGCUCUUGUCAAGAAUUAUCAUGAGGGAGAAGCAAACCACCAAGGUGUACAUAUCUCUGAUCCCUAUCAUUGGCGGAGUGCUGCUGGCCACAGUGACGGAGUUGUCCUUCGACGUUUCGGGCCUGAUCAGCGCUCUGGCCGCUACGCUCUGCUUCUCCCUGCAGAAUAUCUUUUCCAAAAAGGUCUUGCGUGACACCCGGAUCCACCACCUCCGGCUUCUCAACAUUCUGGGCUUCAACGCUGUGAUCUUCAUGCUGCCCACCUGGGUUCUGGUUGACCUUUCCGUCUUUCUUGUCAAUGACGAUCUGUGGGACAUGUCGGGAUGGACCAGAACCGUCGUUCUGCUGCUCAUCAGCGGCUUCUGCAACUUCGCUCAGAACGUCAUCGCCUUCAGCGUGCUCAAUCUCGUGAGCCCGCUCAGCUACGCCGUGGCUAAUGCGACCAAGAGGAUCAUGGUCAUCAGCAUCUCGCUGUUUAUGCUGCGCAACCCAGUCACGCUCACCAACGUGCUGGGCAUGAUGACGGCCAUCGUCGGCGUCUUCCUCUACAACAAGGCCAAGUACGACGCUAACCAAGAGAAGAAACUGCUCCCAAGCAGCAAGCAGGACCUGAUGUCCUUUGACAACCCGGUUUUCACAAAACAUCAGGCCAACGGAUCAGUGCCUUUCUCCCAUGGUACUCCGCAGCAGCAUAACUGGAACAACGUUCUGACCGACCAUUUCCAAUACAGUCGCCAAACCUACACGACAAACUCCAACAGCAACCACCAGUAUGUGGUGUAAACAAAAAAAAAAAAAAACGGGGGUGGGGUAGGGUGGAGGGGUAGAGACUGUCCUUGAUCUGUCUCGCUCUCAUAGACAUUUGUGUGCGUGUGUAGCUGCCAUCCCUGCAGCGGUUCUCCUCUGGUCAGCGCCACGCAUGAGACUGUUCCACACAGGAAGAGCAAAAAGACAUCUUUAUCAUGAAAAGGGCCAGUGACAUGACCCCUCCCACGCUCCCCUAUGUCUAAACCUCACUGUUUCCUGUCUGUAACUUCGGUCUUGACUGUUUUGAGCGGCUUGGGUGCACAAAAACACUCAUAUCUGACAUUUUCAGAUGCAUACGCAACUGUUGUUUGGAAUUGUCCAUUUUCUAAGGGAAUGAUGUCAUCUGCAACCGGGACCUCAUAUACAACGUCUGUCAUGUUACUUGUCAUGACGAACGAAGCAUAGUGGAAAGCCUUAAUAUUUAGAUUUUAGGCAUUUUUUUUUUUUUUGUGUAUCUUGGGAAGAUGAGGAAGAAACGUGGUGAAAGACACUUUUGAAACAUCCACUUUUCAAAACGCUUAGAGCGCAGUUAAAUAAAAAAAUAGGUAACAAUGCCACAUAAAAAAUUAGCACAUGAAGUUGUGCCCAGACAUACACGCACGGCAAUCAAAUCUUUUAAAACUUUGAUGAGAAUUAAGUGUGAGACGAGUUCUGAUGCCCCGAACGGUCAGUGAACACAAUGUCACGAUGUUCUAAUACCUGGCAUCUGUUAUCAUGAGUAGACAUGUUAUCUUCUUAGUUUAAAAAAAAUAAAAUAAAAUAAAUUUAGGUUGACACUGUAAAGCUUUUAAAAUAUGCCAGGUGGUGGUUCUUUUUUUUUUUUUUUUUUCUCAAGGGAGGGCAUGGCUGUGGAGGAAGUGAGAUGGACUUGUGUAAAUGAAUAACUUAGUCCACUAAAUUAGUUAUUUUCACAUCGAUCAUUAAUAUUUAUUCAUCAUUAAUGCUUCGAAGGCAGAGAGUGAUAUCAUCUAUCCUGCCAGGCGUGGAAUCAGCAUGAACUGAAGUUGCUUUGUCAUACUUAUUUUUUUUACAGUCUCCUGUUUGCACAUUAAAAGAACAAAAUGUUGUCCUUCUGUAGUUUUCCCUGGAUAGGUUUUGUUUGUGCAAUAUUCAACCGAACUGCCCGACGAGAUGGACAAAAAGAUUAUGCUCAAUAUCAUUGACCAAUUCCCAUGUAUUUAUUUCAAAUUGACGCCAGACAUUUCAAUGCAGCAAUAUGAAGUACAUGUUUUUUUCUACUGUAAUUUUCUAAUGGCAAAAUGUCUCAACAUUUGAUGUGACUUUAUUUUUGUUACUCUAUUUGUUCUGUGCUGCACAUUUUGUUCACAUAAUCUCGAGGGGCAAAAAAAAAAAAAUAUAUGCAAGGUGGUCAGACUUUGAUUACAAAUGGUUUUGUGCAAUUCACAUUUGUAGCAUUUUACCAAAUAUGAUUGGCUGUGGUUACUUCUCUAUUUUCGUGUAUGUGUGUGUACUGCCGCUGUAGUAUUUUUGUAUUUGUCUCAUGAUAAUUUCUCCCCAUUAUCUCUGUCUCCGACGUUCUUAAAUUGAAAUGAAGAUUAUGACUAGGCGGCACGGUGCCGCAGCUUUAAAGCAUUGGCCUCACAGUUCUGAGGUCCCAGGGUUCAAUCCCGGACUCGCCUGUGUGGAGUUUGCAUGGUCUACCUGUGCCUACGUGGGUUUCCACCGGGUUGGCACUCCAGUUUCCUCCCACAUCCCAAAAACAUUCAACAUUAAUUGGACACUCUAAAUUGCCCCGAGGUGUGAUAGUGAGUGCGAUUGUCUGUCUCCAUGUGCCCUGCUAUUGGCUGGCGACCAGUUCAGGGUGUACCUCGCUUCCUGCCCGAUGACAGUUGGGAUAGGCUCCAGCACCCCCUGCGACCCUUGUGAGGAUAAGUGGUUAAGAAAAUGGAUGGAUGGAUUAUCUAACUAAUGCAAGGAGACAAGCAAACUGAUUUUAAAGAAGCUGCGAAAAUGACAAAGGAGCAUUAUUUAUUUAAAAAUUGUACACCACUGCAAACUACAACCAUAAAUGUACAGUAUUGUUAAAAUAAUCAAAACUGGCUGAAUGUUUUGUAUUGGUUUUCAUUAGUUUGUGCAAGUGUACUUAAUGUGGCCAGUGAGUGUGAUGAGUGGGGGGGGGUACUUAAGUGGAAGACCACAGCCAAUCAUAAGUUGAGUAAAAACCUCCUGAAGCAAAUGCUUCAAUAAUUAUCGAUAUUCAAAUGUGUAGUAAUUAUUUCCAUGCUACCAACUUUUCAAGCUUGGAUUUAGUUAUGGCCCAGUUCAUCUGUGGGCUCACAGACACGAUCUGGUGUAAAUUGUCUGCUGCGCGUGGUUGCUUGUGGGAAUACUAAUAUAACGAACCAGGCAUUUUUUUUUUCAUUGAGUGAUAUUUUGUCCCUUGAUGUUGCCAAAACUAAAGGGCCGCAAGACGGAUGCCUGCAGUUCAUCCUCAAACUUUGUUGCCAUCAAGUUGGAGUCCAAUGGACGCCAUUUUAAGAACUUUGUGAACACUA